UUUGGAACAUUCAUCACAUCGACAACGAACUGAUAAAAUAUCAUCCGAAAUAUCUACAGAAACCGAAACCGAGGAUUAAUGUAGGCCUAGCACAUGAAGAUUGCCAGGCCAUGACCAACGUUGUCUUAUAGCCAAAAAAUCUUUCCGGACAAUAGGCGACAUGAUGCAAGAUGUACAUUUAUCUGAUGAUAUAUGCCAAAAUGUGACUGCUGUCAGGUUACUGUGUCCAGCUCGAACUUCCACCUGUGUAAUAAACACAGAGACUUCCUUAAUCAACGCCACACUUUAUGACAACAGCAACUCCACAACUGAUGCACUCUCCGCUGAUAAAUGGAGCAACUACAACUUCUGGAUUGGCCUGAGCCUUGCCGUGCUAUCGGCCUUCUUGAUUGGAGGAAGUGUAAUUCUGAAGAAGAAAUCUUUGCUGCGUCUUGCCAGCAAUGGACAGACAAGAGCAGGUGAGGGUGGACAUGGGUACCUGAAAGACUGGGUUUGGUGGGGUGGACUCCUUACAAUGGGAGUAGGUGAAGUCGCUAACUUUGCUGCAUACAUGUUCGCGGCCGCUACUGUGGUCACUCCACUGGGAGCCCUGAGUGUUCUUAUCAGUGCUGUUCUGUCUUCCUACCUGCUGGGGGAGUCCAUGAACCUGCUGGGGAAGAUGGGAUGUCUGCUCAGCCUACUAGGCAGCACCAUAAUGGUUAUCCAUGCCCCAGAAGAGGAAGAGGUGACGACCUUAAGGGAAAUGACAGAGAAAUUACUGGACCCUGGUUUUCUGGUGUACGCCACCAUCCUGCUGGUGGCCUGUGUGGUGCUUGUGUUCUACGCGUCCCCACGCUGGGGCUCCUCCAACAUCCUGGUCUACAUCAGUAUCUGCUCCCUGCUCGGAGCCUUCACCGUGUCCUCGGUCAAGGGCCUGGGCAUCGCCAUCCGCACCGUCUUCUCCGACCCGUCCGUCCUGCGCAACCCUCUCACCUGGAUCCUGCUCCUGACGCUGGUGGGCUCCGUCGUCACGCAGGUGAACUACCUGAACAAGUCGCUGGACACCUUCAACACGCUGCUGGUCUACCCUGUUUACUACGUGUUCUUCACCACCGUGGUCCUCUCCACCUCCAUCGUCCUCUUCAAAGAGUGGUGGGCCAUGACCGGCGUGGACAUUGUGGGCACCCUAGGGGGCUUCUUGGUCAUCGUGCUCGGCGUGAGCAUGCUGCACCUGUUCAAGGACGUGCCCGUGACGCUGAUGGGGCUCCGGAGUAGCCUGUGCCAACCGGUGGGCACGCCCAAGAGGGAGGACAAGCACAUCCUCAUCGAGAACAUCGAGUGUCUUCCGCCCAUGAGAGAGGAGGGUCCUCGAGUGUUUAUCAUUAGCUAAGAGGCUGCGGCACACACAUGUCACUGUGUUUAUAUAUGAGCCUCUCUAAAAAAGUCCAUUUUAGUGUCUGCUUAGUGACUUUGUCGUUUCGUCUGCCGAUGACUCAACAAGAUGACGCAGUAGGCUGUGCGAAACAGGCCACUGCUGAAAUUAAGUCUGUGACGCAGAAUUAAAGUUUGCCAGUCGAUUUGGCAGUAGAUUGUGAAAUGGUGGGUGGUAUGGACCCCCUUUCAACAAUCUUAAAGAAUCAGCUGUAUCUCUGUAAAUAGCAACCCACAGUUCCUAAAACAUUUUUCUAUGAAUUAUUUUUAAUUUAUUUCUGCCAAAAGUCCAACUCUCUGGCUUUUCAUCCUCAAGGCUCUCCCACUCUUGUAAAGAACUGAUGUGUGCAUAGAUAAAUUGGCACUUUGCAUGUGUCAUUCAUCUUCCACUGGGGGGCACUCAUUCACUUCCAGCUGUUUCCCUUUUAAGCAGUCUCAGUAUGAGGGUGGGGAUGGUGAGGAAUUUAAAGAGGGGCGGAUUAGGUGUGAGGUGGAUUGAUGCAUAUUUAAGUCAUUUAUGGGCUGAAUUCUCAUGAGCAAUCAGUACACAGAGGUAAGACACCAUACAUUGGAAACAGUAUAUGACACCAAAAAGGCACCGAUAGAAAAUAAUAUUCAGAUAUUAGGAUGUUGCAGGGCUGAAUGUAAGUGCUCAGUGUUUCUCAUUAUGGUAAGCACUCUAAAGAAGACAAUAAGAUAACCACUUUAACCACCAUAAUGUAACAUAGCAGCGUGCUAGCGUGGUAAAGUAAAGUAAGAUGUUAAGUGCAUAAAAACGCAAGAGAUGGCCAGUCUGAAGGUGUUUCGAGAGUUUCGCUGUGUUUCAGACUCUUCAACAUCAUUAAUGCACUCUUUUUUUACCUGUCCACCUUCUCCAUUGUACAUGGCUUCAAGUGCCCCCUGACAGUAUGUGGCCUGAGGCACUUCUUCAUGCACUUGAAAGCAAUUAAAA